AUGAAAAGCUUAAUUUCAGGCAAUGCACCUUAUAUUUUGAUAUCAAACGGUGACCACGGUGUGGAAGGUAACACCGAAAUUACGAUUCUCCCAGGUUCAGCGCUUGAGCUUUCAUGCAAUGCUACCGGGCGACCCCGUCCGACAGUGAAGUGGAUACGUGCCGGGUAUUAUCCCAUUGACCCUGCUUGGGUUGGUUAUUUUUCGUUUUCGAAAUAA